CAGCAAGAAUCAAACACUGGCCUGGCAGACGAAUCCACACCUAAAGAAGACACAACUGACUUUUCAAAGGAAGACAAAGAGGGAGAAAUUCUUAGUGAAGUAACAGAGGAACCAAAAGAGAAAGUGGCUCUUGCAGAGUCAAAUGAGGAAGAUUCUGAGAAAGCUUCUCCAAAGCCUGGAGAAAUGGAAGAUGAGGCAUUGGAAGAGGAAAAAACACUAAACCAAGAAAACCAAGAAGGUGAAGAUGGUGAAAAAAAUAUGGAAAUGGAGGGGAAAAUUGUGGGUCAGAUGGAGGAAACAAAUGUAAAGAGUGAAAAAGCUUUAGAUGAUGUCAGUGAAGAAAAUGCUAAAGAAGAAAACACUUCAUUUGAAGAAGGGACAACACUCAUCUCUGAAUCAUGUGAAGAAAGCAAGAAAGAAGAUGAUCCAGAAAUGAAGGUCUCAGAGGUAGAAACCAUGGAAGUUGAUGAAAAGAAAACGACAGAGGAAGGGGUAGUGGAGUGUGGGGAUAUAGAGAACAAAUUAGAAGAGAAGACAGGAGAAACGAAAAACCAAAGUGAAAUGGAUAAACAACAGGAGACAAAGGAGGAAUGUGAAAAUAAGGCAACAAAAGAAGAGGAGAUGGAAGGGCAGUCCCAUUUAACAGGGAAUAAGUCAUCUGCUGAGGGGGAUGUUGAAACAAUGCCAAGUUCAGAUGAUGGAGGAGAAAAGAUGGAAAGCAGGGAAAAGGGUUGCAGGCAAGCUGAAGGUGGAGAAAGUCCAAGAAGAAAUGAGAGUACAGAGGAAAGAAGAGGACAGAGUACAAACAGAAGUCAUCAAAAAAGUUCUCCAAAAGAGGAGAGAUCAUAUAGUGGUGGCCACCACAGCAGCCAACAUUAUGGCAGCAGAUCACAUGGAAAUCGAGAUCACAGAUCCCCCAGCUACCAGUAUGAUCGACACCAAGAGGACAGAGGCAGGUCAGGACAUGACAGGCAUUCUCACGGAGAUAGAGAUGGUAACAGACAUCAUGGCCAUAACAGGCAUUACCAUGACAACAGGCAUCAUUACGAUAGAAAUCGCUAUGAUGACGGAAGACAUGGACAUCACGACAACAGGCAUGGUUACCAUGACAACAGGCAUGGGUUCCCAGACAACAGACAUGGUUACCAUGACAACCGAUCUCCAAGAGGUCAUUGGAGAGGUCAUGGAGGGUACAGGGGUGGAUAUAGAGAUUACAGAUAGUUAACGCCAGAGGAUUUCACGAGAUCUGAGACAGGAUAGUAGUAUACACCUGUAAAUAGUUUAUCAAAGAGAAUGACUAUAAUAUGGUUCCUUGAUUUUUAUUUGUGUUUUGUAAAAAUGUUAUAAGACUAGUUUUAUCC